AGCAUCUAACAGGAAUACUCUACUCUACUAACUGCACUGACAUCGUUUCCCAUUGAAGGAUUUUUUCAAAUAUAUAUAGAGAUUUUAUUUUCAUACUGUACUUUUAAUUGAGUCUUUGGAGGAUGACUAGCAAAAUGAAAUUUGUUCGUUCUAUGAUGAAGGCUGCAGCGCUGGCCAACGUGCCCAAACACAUCGAUCAUUUCUCCAAAUUCUCCCCAUCUCCUCUGUCUAUGAAGCAGUUCCUGGAUUUCGGUUCCACCAACGCCUGUGAGCGCACAUCGUUUGUCUUCCUGCGUCAGGAGCUUCCUGUCCGCUUGUCCAACAUCAUGAAGGAGAUCAACCUGCUGCCAGACCGACUGCUGGCCACGCCCUCCGUCCAGCUGGUCCAGACCUGGUACGUACAGAGCCUGAUUGAGAUCCUGGAAUUUCUGGACAAGAACCCAGAUGACCAGAGAGUCCUGGAGAUGUUUGUGGAGGUCUUGGAGUCCAUCAGGAACCGACACAACGAUGUGGUCCCCACCCUUGCUCAGGGAGUCAUCGAGUACAAAGACGCGUUUGGCCAGCAGGACGCCGUCACCGACCACAACAUCCAAUACUUCCUGGAUCGCUUCUACACCAGCCGUAUCUCUAUCCGCAUGCUCAUCAACCAGCACACUCUCGUCUUCAACGGCAACACAAACCCCGCCCACCCCUACACCAUUGGCUGUAUUGACUCCCAGUGUGAUGUUACAGAGGUCGUACGAGAUGCCUAUGAGAGCGCUAAGUUGCUGUGUGAGCAGUAUUACCUGGGAGCGCCUGAAUUAGAGCUGAGGGAGAUGAACGCCAGCAGAAUCAGAGAACCCAUCACCAUCUCAUACAUCCCAUCUCACCUGUACCACAUGCUAUUUGAACUCUUUAAGAACUCCAUGAGAGCAACUAUUGAAAACCACGAGGCCAGCAGGACGCUCCCACCCAUCAAAGUCAUGGUGGCGCUCGGCGGAGAGGACCUGUCAAUCCAGAUGAGCGACAAAGGAGGCGGCGUUCCCAUCAGGAAGACAGAGCGUCUGUUCAGCUACUUGUAUUCUACAGCUCCCAGACCCUCCAUAGGGGAUAAACACAGAGCCCCACUGGCUGGGUUCGGCUAUGGGCUGCCCAUCUCUCGUCUCUACGCUCGCUACUUCCAGGGAGACUUACAGCUCUACUCGAUGGAGGGUUUCGGCACCGAUGCGGUCAUACACCUGAAGGCGCUGUCUACAGACUCAGUGGAGAGGCUCCCAGUUUUUAACAAGACCGCUCUGCGUCACUACAAGCUGAGUUUGGAGGCAGACGAUUGGUGCGUUCCCUCCAAGGAGCCGCUGGAUCUCGCUGUCUACCGCGUCGCUAAGUGAUGAGGUCAUGACCUACGUUUUUUUAUGACACAAACACUGGCAAGCUGACCAUAGAAUGCCCUGUAAAGACGGCCAUUGUGGGACCAGAACUAUUAGCCCGGUGGUGAAGGGACCAAAAGUAGCCAAGGAGAUCGAAGACAAGGCCCAAACUUCGGCAUCCGGAUCGUCUGUGAAUUCCCUCGAUUGGCACGGACGUCUCCUGCUUUCCUUACAAGUGUACGAUAUACAUACAGGAAGAGAAGAAUGAGGUUGACAGAGUCAGAGAUGCAGUGGUGGGAAUCCAAAAAGAGAAAGAGAGGGAGAGAAAGAUUGAGGGAUGAAUUGAAGUGAUAGUAGGGCUGAAACAUUCAAAGUAAAUAUCUCAUUAACAUUUUCUGACAAAUAUUGCAAUUGUGAUUGUGACUUAACUGCUAACACGUCACAUCUGACUGAUAAUCCAUAAAGAAGUGGACAGCUGUUCAUUGUAGCCUGUUUUGCUAAAGUGUCACUUUCUUCACAGACUUACAGUAUGAUUAAUUCACAACAAUGAGCUAAAAAUAGUAAUACAAUAAGUUAUGUCUCAAUAUAUGCUAGCUGUUGUUUCUGUAAAAGAAGACUAAUCACUGUGUUGGUCUUGUGGAGGCAGUAAUACUCUCUCUAUUGUUUCAAACAUAGAAAUGAUACAGAAAGUAGAGGUACUGACAUGCAGAUAGCAUAUUAAACAGCCAGGAGUUCUUGGUUUAGUCAGUUAGUUACAACUGACUGAAUUUUCGAGUGACUAAUUAAUGUUCAGCAAGUGUUUUUACUGCUUGGGUAACUGCUCUGUUAAAACUUGCAGUUUCAACAUAGAAUCAUUUAUCAUUCAGCCCUAAAUGACAGAAAGAGAUGUUUUAUUUUGUAAAGAACUAGCUGAAACUUGUCAGCAGCUGGUUUGAAGUUCUUACUUUGGGAAAAAAAAUGUAUCAAAGAAAGAUAAUUAUCUAGCUGACAAAAAUGUUGAGGUACUUUUUUUGGCAUUACUUUGAACCUACAUCUUUGCUAAAGGUAUAAACAGCUGACUGAAUGUAUCAAAGGGUUUUCAGGUGUAAAAAACCCUAAUGAAACUGUCUUCCAGUGGAGUCCAGGGUCUUCCAGUCUAAUAUUCUAACUCAUACCUCAUAUGGAAGAACACUUUUCACCAAAAAGUUAGCCAACCUUGUUGCUGAUUCCUUUUAUUUAGAUAGUUUGCAGCCAAGCAGCUAGCAGGAGGUUUUCUUUGGGAAACAUGAAGUGCCUGAGCAUGUUGAUUGAUACAUUGAAUGUCAUGCUACAAGAAACAGAACAUUUCCUCUUUUAUUUUGUGUAACUGACCUGCUUUUAGUGUGAAUAGGUUGGUAAGAACACUAUGCAAACUUGAGCAAAAAGGCUCAAUAAAUCCUUUAACUUCCUGUUUUGUGGCCUUGCUAAGUGUCAGUUUAAGUUGAAGAAGAAGCAGCAAAUGUUGAGCUGUUCAGUUCAGUUACUGAUAGUGACACAGAUUAAGGAAUCACUGAGUCAUCCUUUCAUUAGUCCCACUGUUGUUGAAGACGUGUGCCGGGUACAAACUACAACAUGUGUGUUGAACUAUGCAUGAAAAUAAUCACUCUGUUAUACUGUAUGAUGAGAUUUACUGUGUAUUCACAUAUAUGUACGACCCAGGCACUGUGUGAUUGUGUCAUUUGAAGUGUGUGUGUAUAUCUGAGGUGAGCUGUUCAUUUUAGAAGACUUUUAUUUUUUAUAAAAAGAAAUAUUGGAAAAUAAAAUAUCUUGAGAAGAA